CCCUCCCUCUCUGUUCCCUCCUUCCUUGACACACACACACACACACACACACACUCUCUCUCUCUCUCUCUCCCUCUCUCUCUCUCUCUCUCUCUUUCUGUUUGUCUUGCUUUCCUUCUUCCUACCUCUCAGUCAGUAACUAUGGAGCCCAGCAGUCCAAAGAAGAUCCAGUUCGCUGUACCUCCGCUGCAGGGACAGCUGGACCCGCAGGCCGCCGAACAUAUUCGUCGCAGAAGACCAACUCCCGCCACUCUGCAGAUCUACAGACAACCUGACACAGAUGUUGGAGAUCAACACAACGCCGGCGGAGAGUCACAGCCUUCAGAUUCCUCUCAGAGGAAGCAGAGCACCUACGCCCCGCCCACCAUGAAAGGUCAGCUCAGCUGGUAG